AUGGUGAAGAUGACAAGAUCCAAGACCUUCCAGGCCUACUUGCCCUCCUGCCACCGGACCUACAGCUGCAUUCACUGCAGAGCCCACCUGGCCAACCACGAUGAACUCAUUUCCAAGUCGUUCCAAGGAAGCCAAGGACGCGCAUACCUCUUUAACUCAGUAGUUAAUGUGGGCUGCGGGCCUGCGGAGGAGCGAGUGUUGCUAACGGGACUGCACGCAGUCGCAGACAUUUACUGUGAAAACUGCAAAACCACUCUGGGCUGGAAAUACGAACAUGCCUUCGAAAGCAGCCAGAAAUAUAAAGAAGGGAAAUACAUCAUCGAGCUGGCGCACAUGAUCAAGGACAAUGGCUGGGACUGA